CAUGUCGUUUGCCUUGGACUUUGAUAAAAUCGCCGCAGCUUACGCUUAUCAACAGCGAUUAAUCGCCUCGGGAAAUUUCAACGCUAACGCUUUCCCGUUAAUUACUUUUCCAAAUAGACCUCACUGGGAAAAUUGUAUUAUGGUGACUCAGAUUGGUCUUAUCAUUCUUAAUAACCUCCUUUUCAUUUCACUUAUCUGUUUCACGCGUCGGUUACGUAAAGUUACUUUCGCAGUAGCGGCUUCUUUGUCAGUCGGAGAUUUGUUAGUUGGGUGUAUUACGAUACCAACUGCAUAUUCGGCCGAAAACCAGCUAAUACUUUAUGAUAACUACAGGAUAUGCUUGGCCAAUUACAUAGGAAUUAUUGCCCUACCUACAGUUCCAAUAGUUCAUCUUGUCAUUAUUGGCGCGGAAAAAUUUAUAACGAUUCAGUAUCCUCUUCGAUAUAACCAAAUAGUGAAUAAAAGAUUUGCUAUAAUCUCAUGCACUUUGGCCUGGUUAUUGCCGUUAAUGUAUGGCAUUGUGCCAACUGUUAUUUGGAUUGUACAAAAUGAACCAAGAUACCCUUGGUUUGAUUACUGUACACCUCUUGUUAUCUAUCCUGAUGGUUUUAUGUUCUCCUCAACUAUAGUAAUAUUGGUUCCCAGUGUUGCGGCCAUAUCCGGACUUUAUAUAAGAAUCUUAGUAAUAGCACGAAAGCAAAGUAAUAAAGUGUUUGCAGAGCAAAGCGCACAAGUUUCUGCCUCUCAGAGAAAACGUGUAAUAAGGGGUAUGGCUACUAUUAUAGUGUUGCUUGUAUAUUUCAUUAUAUCGUGGAUACCAUUAGCUGUACUCCUUUUGGUACCUGGACUUUCAGUAUCGAAAGAAUACUGGAGUGUUGCUAAACUUCUGGCGUUUAGCAAUUCGUGGUUAGAUCCCGUUAUGUAUACUAUUGGUAGCAAAGAAAUACGUAACGCCGUCUUAAGAAAGUUUGGCAAACAGAAAGUAGACGCUGACUUUUCAACCACUGGCUAA